GUUGUUCUCACCGCAUGCACAAGCUCUCCCCACAACAGCCUCAAUCUGCAAGUCUACUCCUCGCAAGCCCUCUGGAGUGACUCGCUUCCCUCUGCCCUCUCUGCAUUGGGAGUGACGAUCGAUUCACCGCUGCGUACCCCGCCAAGCACCAACAACUGCACCCGCAGCUCAACAUGGCGGACGAAGAUGGCGCGUCUCCCCGCGAGCUCAUCCUCGAAGCGUGCCGCCGCAACAACACCGGCCUCCUCGAAGAAACAAUCGCCGACCUCGCAUCCUCCGCGUCGAAGAACGGCAAGCAGCCCGCGGAAUACGUUGCGCAGGUGCUGAACGAAGCGAGAGAUGGUUUGGGGAACGGGUGUCUGCAUGUCGCUGCUACGUACGGGAGCUAUGAGAUCCUCGACGUCCUUCUCGACCAAGAAGGCCUCGAAAUCGAGCUCACCGACCGGAUCGAAGGCGACCUGCCCCUCCACAAAGCCGUGCGCUACGUCAACUCGCUAUCCAAAGCCGACUGGCCCGCCGGCUCGCCCAUAGUCGAAAUCCUGCUCGACGCCGGCUGCGACCCGAGGAUACGGAACAAGGCGAAGCUGAGGCCCGUGGAGCUGGUGGAUCCGAGGAAUACUGAGCUGAGGGAGGUGCUCAGGAAGGGCGAGUUCGCGAUGAUGAUGGGGGGUGACGUCGUUGAGGAUGAUGAGGGGCCGGCGGGGAGUGCGAGUGAUAGCGAGUGAUAGCGAGUGGUAGCGAGUGGUAGCGAGUGGUAGCGAGUGGUAGCGAGUGAGGGGAGAAGAAAUCCGGGGGAUGUGGGUUCUGUCUUAUAGAGCGGAUGCAUAGCUAUACACGAACUGUAGACCCGUCCUUCCUUGCACGCUUGGCGUUAUAUUCA